UAAUAGAUCUCAUACCUUAGAUGCGUAUCGUUUCAGAAAAAAUCCCAGAAAACCUAACAUAUUCUACCAUACCGUGCGCCUAUCCAUUUAGCAAUUCAAUUGUAAACUUUUUCUUGAAAAAAUAAAUCUUCUUCCAGAUUUGUUGAAUUUCCUAGCAGAAAUUGCCUGCUCCCCCUCCGUCCCAUAUUCACGAUCACCGGGCGUGUAAUUGUACUCAUUCUGAACAAAAUAUGAAUGUAACUAAAAUUUAAAAAAAAAAAAAAAAUGAGUAGGCCUAUAUAUAUUUUGCCAGUGGGUCCAAGAGAACAAGUGGUCGAGUCCAUUAUUUUGCAGGGGUGGCAAGAUACAAUUCCAAUUUCCAUUAAUUGAUUGUUUGCCACAAAUACAUCUAUAAGUAUAUAUUUGUAUAUUUUUGGUAUUUUCAGAAUGUGAGUCAGAUACAACAGAUCUCUCCCAUAAUGGCAGGCAUCCCUAUAUGCCACAUGCAUGUAGGCCAUACAACCACACAACAGGCAAUAGCUACUAUAACAUACAUAAAAGUGACUAUGGACAUAUGCAAAGUGAACAUAUGGGAUCAAAUAACAUAACACACAUGGCAAUAAGUGGUGAAAGAAGUGCAGAUGUCCGAAGGCCUCAUGUUUGUCACCUUUGCAGAAAGGGCUUCAAACAACCUCAGCACCUGAAAUAUCAUAUGAACAUCCAUACUGGGCUACGACCAUAUAAAUGUAACCAUUGUGCAAUGGCCUUUUCUGCUCCUAGCAACUUGAUUGUUCAUAAAAAGAAAUACCACCCAGAACAAAGCUACAAGUAGUUAACAACGCUUGAGACUAGUGAUUUCGACAUGGGGUAUACAAAAGUAAUACAAUAUACAGGGUAUGUCAAUUAUAGACAGAAAGAAGGGAGAUUGUGUGAAAAAGUUCUAAAUUAACUAAUUUUUAUGAUCAAUCAAUAAUGGCCAGUUUUCAGAAUAAAAUACAAUAGAAUUAAACUAGAAAUUAGCAACUCCAGGGAGUAGCAAAUCCCAAGAAACACUAUAUAAAUCAUCAUGAAUCUGUACAGUCACAAUGUAAUAUAUACCAUCUACUCUUCCC